GGUAGCCAAUGGGCAGGCGUAGGGGGGCCGUGGUGCGGCCAGUUUGAAUGGCGGGAGCGGUCGGAGCGGAUGGCCGCGGACAGGGGAUGAGAGCGAUACCAGGAUUAGUGGGAUUGGGAUCGGGAUAACGAGACGCGGCCCACGGAGCUGUGCUGGGGCCCGGGGGCUCACGGGGCUCGGUUCCCCCCCGGGCUCUUCCCGCCCCUCCACGAUCCCAACCCUUUUCUCUGCCCUUUUCCCUGCAGGAGCCACGAGGCUCAGAUCCGGAAUUACCAAGGGCCAGACCCGCUGGAGCCCUGGGACAGGUACGCUCAGUGGGCAGAGGGAGGUCUCCCGCUCCAGGAGAAGCAAUCCCUCUGGCCCAGGCUCCUGGAGGAGCUGGUGAAGAGGUUCCUGGGCGAUACGAGGUACCAGCAGGACCCGCGGUUCGUCAAGUACUGCGUCAAGCUGGCAGAGUUCAUCUCUCCCCCUGACCAGUAUUUUGAGUACCUGCAGGGGGGAGAAAUUGGAGCGAAGUCCUCGGAUUUCUACGUGGCUUGGGCUCAGCAGCUGCUGAGUGAAGGCAAUGUGCAGGGGGCAGGGGCUGUGCUCCAGAAAGGGCUCCACAACCAGGCAGAGCCCCGAGAGAACCUGCAGCAGCUCCACUGCUGGUUGCAGAGUUCUGAUCCUGGGAAUCCUCCUUUGCAAGGUGCUGCUGCUGUAAAACCACUUUAGACUUUUGAUGCUGUGAAUCAAAUGGCUCCUCAAAAAGAGGGUUCAAAUGUUAAUCCCUGCAAUGAUCAGGGUCCUGAUGCUGCUGGUUCUCAGCCCUGUGCUACUGGAAAAGAAGUGAGGUACAUCACCUACAUCUCCAAAUCCGAGGUUCUUCCCAAGCCACCUUCUCCUGGCGCUGCUGAGUGUGAGCAGGUCCCGAUGUACGCCAAGAACCUGCUGCUGUGUGAGGGCUCUGAGCUCUGCUUCGAGGAGCUGAGAGCCCAGAGACACUUCAGGAGAUACGAGCACCUCAGGAGGCAGCAACAACUGGUGGAAGAGGAGAGAGACUUCCUGAGGAAAAAGGAGUUGGCUAUGCUGGAACUCCAGGCCCUGCAGAAGAGGCUGGAAGAACUGCAAGAGCUGAGCAAAGACCUGGAGGAAAACAGGCUGAAACCAGGAGCUGAACUGAUCCAGAGGGUGGUGCUCCCAUGUGCCAGGCCCAACACAGCCCUGCCAGGGGACUGCGUGGUACCCACUCCAACCUCAGGUGUGCCCGAGGUGCCAGAGCAGCCCCAGCCCAGUGUUGGCCCAGCCCCUGCUCCCACCCUGCUGCCAGUGAAGCCCCUCGGCCGCCAGGUCCCAUCAGCCUCCCUGUGGGAAGGAAGGGAGGAGAAGGACACAACCAGAGCUCAGCCAGAGCUUGGGGAGCUCCAGAAGAGUUUGGUGCACCCUCCCCUCAGUGCUGUCUCAGCUCAGGAACAGGCACAUCCCGACUCAGCUCAACAGCACCCUAACAAGAGAUCCACUGGAUUAACUCCUGCUGUGGAUGUAAAAGAAGAGCUUGAUGGAUGUUUGAAAGCUGAUGGUGCUGUCCCUGCCACUCCUGCAUUUUCCAUCUUUCAGGAUGAGAACAAAAAGGAGAACAGCAGGAUCCCUCAGCUCAAGAACAAGGCAGAGGAGUCCAGGAGUCUUGCAGAAGGUUCCUUGACUGACUGUGCAGCAGAAGGAGGCAUCAUCAGGGGAGAGACGAAUGGCCAGGUGGGUGCCAGGAGUUGUUCUGGGCCCAGACCCUCCUCUCUCAUGGCCACGACCGUCCAAGGCACCCCAAUGCACCCCAGUGUUUCCUGGGGAGGCCUCUUUCUCCGGGCCCCCACUGUAAUCCCAUGCAUCCCAGUACACCCCAGUAUACACUCAGGACAUCAUUUCCCAUCCAUUUCCUCCCUGCUUUUCCCCCAGUCCUUUCCCUUUCCCAUUGCCCAGGACAGUGGUGUCCCCAAAUCCCCCUCCUUGACACCCCAUCCAAUUCCUCAAUUUUUGUUCCCUCUGCCCCUUCUGCCUUCCCGUGCUACCCAUGUCCCCUGUCAUGGCCACAGCGCUCCAGGGCAUCCCAGUAUGCCCCAGUAUGUAGCGUGGAGGGUACUUUACAUGGUAAAAAAGGAUGUACGCUCUUCUGAGGUGGUGAUCAAAGAGAGUUUAUUUCAAAUUUGGCACUUCCCUUUAUACCCUGAUAUCAUGUGA